CUUGCGUGUCCCGGAAGUGAAAGCGGAGGACUGAUGUGUGUCUGGAGAGCAGGAACCUGUCGGUAACAUUUGUGUUUAGCGGUGGUUUUCUGGAUUAGAAAAUGGACACGUUAAAUAAACUGAAACAGUUUGACGCUUAUCCCAAAACUCUGGAGGAUUUCCGAGUGAAGACGUGGGGAGGAGCGACCGGUCGCACCACCCUUCCAUUCAUCCUUCCCCUGCAUUUCAUAGUCCACCCUGAGCUGUACGUUGACACGUCGCGAGGAGACAAACUGAAAAUCAACAUCGACGUCAUCUUCCCUCACAUGCCCUGCGCCUAUCUCAGUAUAGAUGCGAUGGAUGUGGCCGGUGAGCAGCAGUUGGACGUUGAACACAAUCUGUUCAAACAGCGGCUGGACAAAGACCUGAAAGCUGUCACUCUCGAGGCAGAAAAACAUGACCUUGGUAUGGCUGACGAUGGUGCAGUGUUUGACCCCAGUUCACUGGACCCAAACAGAUGUGAGAGCUGCUACGGAGCUGAGACUGAAGACCUCAAAUGCUGUAACACCUGUGAUGACGUGCGGGAGGCGUACCGGCGGCGAGGCUGGGCGUUCAAAAACGCCGACACCAUCGAGCAGUGUAAGAGGGAGGGCUUCACACAGAGGAUGCAGGAGCAGAAGAAUGAAGGCUGCCAGGUUUACGGCUUCCUGGAAGUCAACAAGGUGGCAGGAAAUUUCCACUUUGCUCCAGGAAAAAGUUUCCAGCAGUCUCAUGUCCACGUGCACGCUGUGGAAAUUCACGACCUACAGAGUUUCGGCUUAGACAACAUAAACAUGACCCAUCUGAUAAAACACCUGUCGUUUGGUAAAGACUACCCCGGCAUCGUUAACCCUCUGGACGAGACGGACGUCACAGCGCCACAAGCAUCAAUGAUGUACCAGUAUUUUGUGAAAAUAGUUCCUACCAUCUAUGUGAAAACUGAUGGCGAGGUGGUAAAAACAAACCAGUUCUCGGUCACCAGGCAUGAGAAAGUGGCCAACGGGCUAAUAGGAGACCAGGGGCUGCCGGGCGUCUUUGUUUUAUAUGAGCUGUCACCCAUGAUGGUUAAAUUCACAGAGAAACAAAGAUCAUUCACACACUUCCUAACAGGAGUUUGUGCCAUUAUUGGAGGUGUAUUUACAGUGGCCGGUCUGAUCGACUCAUUCAUCUAUCACUCAGCUCGGGUCAUCCAGAAGAAGAUAGAGCUGGGCAAGGCUUCCUAACGCCCCCCCUCCCCGCUCACUAGCCUCCACGGUGCAAAACAGACCAAGACACGGACACAGAAAGAAAGAGGCACAGACAGACAGACAGACAGACAGACCGACAGACAGACAGACAGAGGGAGAAGUUUGGA